AUGGAGCAGUGGUCCUCCUCCUCCUCCCCCGCCAUCGUCUCCGCCGCCGCAGAACAAGCGCACGCCUUCCCCUACGUGCCGACACAGAUCCUCACCCCCAGCGCCUGCGUCAACCAGUCGUCCUGCCGCGGCCGCGACGUCGCCUACGUCUUCAGCCCGUCAUCGUCGACGUCGCGCGACGGCGUGCGCUUCCUCGCCCUCAACUACUCCUCGGGCAUCGACGCCGGCGCGGAGCCCAAGCCCGUGUCCACCACCGCAUCCUUGCCCUUUCUCCAAGACGCCGAGUCGGCGACGACGGCCUUUGGCGCGGCGCGGGCGGCUAGUGGCGAGGUGCUCGUCUUUGCCGGCGCGUGCGACGGUCCCGGCGGCGACGUCUGGAGCUACACACCCGGCGGCAACAAUGGCGACGACAAGGACGUCAAGUGGCAGCGGAGGACGACGACGAGGAAACAAGGAGGGGCGGCGGGAGGAAGCACGCAGGGACCAUACUUUCUGGGCGGAACGCUCGCCUUCUCGUCCAAGCUGGCGCCCACCAUGGACGAGCCGACGCUUUACACGUACGGCGGCAUGUGCGCGCCGCCGUCGACGUCAACGGCCAAGACGCAGGACUGGCAGUCCAACGCAAACUACACCAAGACGAUGAUGAGCCUCUCCCCGGCAGCCGCGCAGGAUGGCGGCUACAAUCUGGGCGUGGCGUCUGUGCUAGGCCCGCGCUCGCCCUUUGCGGGCUUCUCGGUGACGCAGCUGCCGCCCUCGGUGACCAACAUAUCGGGGACCGUGACGCAGCAGGCGAGCUUCGUGUUUCUCGGCGGGCACACGCAGUGGGCCUUUAUCAACAUGAGCACGGCGGCCGUCUGGAGCCUGCCCGAGGAGACGUGGUCGUACGUCAACGUGCAGCCGCCGUCGCCACCGCCAUCGACGGCCGCGGGUGAGAUUAGGAAGGAGAAGAAGGCGGCAGUGGCGACGACACCAGACAACGUGUACAGCCGGUCGGGCCACACGGCGGUGCUCAGCGAGGACGGCGGCUCCGUCGUUGUACUCGGCGGCUGGGUCGGCGACGUGGGCACGCCGGCGGAGCCGCAGCUCGCGGUGCUCGAGAUGAGCCAGGCGUACAGCUCCUGGCGAUGGCGCAUCCCCGAGACGCAGCCGGAGAGCGGCAUCUACGGCCACGGCGCGGCGAUGCUGCCCGGCAACGUCAUGGUCGUGUAUGGCGGGUGGGAGACCAAGAACAUAACCACGACGACGACGAAGCAGAAGCGCCAAGACGCCCCCGCGACGGCAUCGUCGCUGCGCUUCUUGAACCUGACGUCCAUGGCGUGGACCUCGUCGUACACGAACCCCCACGCGGCAGGGAGAGGCGGCGGCGGCGACGACGAGUCCCACGACGCACCCGGGUCGGACGGAUCAUCAAAGUCACGGCGCCUCGGGCUCGGGCUCGGGCUGGGGCUGGGCCUCGCGCUGCUACUCGGCGUCGUCUUCGGGUUCCUGCUCUGGCGCAUGCGGCAGCGGCGGAAGCAGGCGCGGCACGACGAGGCGGUGCGGGCCAUGGCCGAGGACGCGCGACACUUCCUCCACGACGGUGACAUGAUGGAGCGCGACGACUUUCUCUUUGGCUGGGGCGGCCAGCGGGACUGGCGUACCGGCGGCCAGCAGCAGCAGGGAGGCGACGGGCGGUCGCUGGGAUACGAGAGCCUCCGGGGCGCCGCCGGAGGAGCGGGAGGACGGGCCUCGCUCGACGCCGGCUCGAGUUCCAUUGCCCGGAAGCCCCUGGCCGGCGGAGGCGCCACCCGAGGCAUGAUGAUGCGCAAUGGCUAUCAGCCGGCGCUGCCUGCGGACGGUGGGCGAUUCAGCGGCACGUUCGCGUCGCCACCGGGCGUCAUCCAUCCGAUCCUCGAGGACGACGAGGACGAGUACUACGGCCAUGACGAGCAGCACGAGAACGAGCACGAGCAUGCGAAUCUGGCGUCGGCAGCAGCAGCGGCGCCGCUGACGCCCACCUCGGAGGCGCACUCGGAUCCCUUCGCCACGCCCGUCACGGCCACGGCGCCGCCCGUCAUCUUCUUCCCCACGACGGCGGCGGCGGCGACGGGGGGCGGCCUCCGGACGUCGAGCCCGGACAGCAGGGGCAGCAACAACAGCAGUCCCGUCCGGCGCACCGAUCCGGAUGUCCAGGACUGGGUGUCGGACGUGGACGCCGCGGACGCGCUGCUCGCGCGAUACAGCUCGACUCGCCAGCAGCAUCAGCAGCAGCAACAGCAGCAACAGCAGCAGUCAUCGUCGUUGCUGCAGCAGGGCCGCGUGUCGCCAACGCGCCGCGGAUCGAAUCGCUCGACCCUCACACUCGGCCUGCGCGACGACGACUCGCGCACCGGCUCCAACCUGUCCGAGUCGGCGCGCAGUGCGGCCGACAGUCUGCGCCGCUCCGCCUCGGGUCGCCGCUCCGGAGGCUUCCUCCUCGGUCUCGGCCUCGGCGGCGGCGGUGAGCACUCCAAGCCCGGGAGCAGCUCCUCGAGCAGCUACAACACGGCGCGGUCCGGCUUUGGCGCGCUGCAGGCCGAGGCGCCGGGCCUGCUCAUGGGUAGCAGUGGCGGCGGCGCUCGAACGACGGCACCGGCCAGCCCGACGGGAUGGGGAGGCGGCGCGGCGACCGGAGACCACAACAACGACGAUGACGACGAGUACGCGCUCCCGCCCGGCUCGCCGUCCAAGUCCAAGCCACCGUCGCGGCGCACGUGGCUGGGCUCGCUGCGGCGCGUCUUCUCCGGCAGCGGCAGCGGCAGCAGCGGCGCGUCGCCGGCCAGCGCAUCUCGCGAGGAGCUCGACUCUCACCAACACCAUCAGUACCAGCAGGCUAGCAGCGGUGCCGCGCUGAUGACGGCCGGCGCGGGGGCGCUGAGCGGCGAGCUGCUCCGCCGGAAGCAGGGCCGACAUGACUGGCAGGACUCGGGCGACGAGGGCGGUGGCGGUAGCAGCACGGUCGGUAUGGGAGCAGCAGGGAGAAGAGGAAGAAGAAGCGAGCACCACGGCGGCGACGACGACGACGGGGCGCGAGAAAAGGACGAGUGGGAUAUCGAGCGGGCGGUGGAGCAGCGGCUGGUGCAGGUCAUGUUCACGGUGCCUAAGGAGCGCCUGCGCGUGGUCAACGCCGCCGCGGACGACGGCGACGACGAUAACGAGGAUGAUGAUGAUAAUGGUGGUGCGGACAACCGGGCGUUGGGCAAGCCGCCCGUGACGGUGACGGCUCAGCAGCGCGGCCAGGAACACGUCGCCCCAGCCGAGGCGUUGCGGGAGCCGCACGUCGCGGAGCUGGUCGACCCGUCGAGCACGGACACGAGCACGCCGACGACGACGACGACCAAGUCUUCGCUGCGCUCGGCGGCGUCGCGAGAGGGCGGGUUGCGGCUAGCAGGCGAGCAGCAGCAACGGCAGGAGGAGGGCGGCGAUGCCACCACCGCCACGCAGAGAGAUGUCGGCACACCAGGCGCCGCGGGUGAUGCUGCCAACAUGACCGCCAUCGUCGUCGAUACGAGCAAGGACGUUGGUGGCGUUGAAGACAAGAACGACAAGCACGAUCACCAUCAUCAUCAUCACGACCAUAACGACGAGAAAGACGACGAAGAUGAAGACGUCCACGACAGCAGCUUCCUCAGCGGCAUCGGCAGCGGCGACGGCGGCAGCGCGCGGGCCAAGCAUCAGAGCCACGCCGGCACCGUCAGCAGCGGCGGCGGCGACUACCUAGGCGUGAUGGACGGGACGACGACCAUGUCGAACCCGCGCCUGUCGCACUCGACGGACGGGUCGUCGUGGCGCGGAGACCGGUCGUCGGGCGUCUUCAUGACGGCCGAGGCGGUGACGUUUGAGCGCCCGCGGAUGCGCAUGACGCGCGUGCGCGACAUGGUGGACCGGUACGAGACGCGCAGCGCCGAGGCGAGUCCCGUGCGGAGCCAGGCGGACAGCCCGACGAGGGGGACGCACCGCUCGUCAUGAUGGGGAAACAAAGGGGGGGUGGGUGGUGGUGUUCAACACCACACUGGAGUUUUCAUGCUGUUGCUGUUGCUGCUGCUUUUUCUGGUUCUCCGUUUACGAAAUGCUUUGUGUGCAGAGAGAGGGGAGUGAGUGGCCCACGCGCGGUUCACUCGCGGGCGGUUUGCCUGGCAUUUGGUCAAUACGGCGAGUGAGUUUCACGGUUUCUUCAUUUUUUAUACCACGAUAUUGUCCCUGUGGUGGAGAAAGAGAGGUGGUGUGUUUAUUUGCCCCUCCUUCUUGGGGGCAGGGAGCAAAAGGAAGGGGUAUGUAUACACGCGCGCGCAAACGGCUUUGGGGAUGGGAAUCAAAGGUCUAUAUUCGUGCAUGUACGUAUGUCUAUAUGUAUUGCAUGUAUGUAUGUUUGCGAG